AUGCUCACAGUCAAGCAGCCAACACACUACGGCUACAAGUCCGUCCAUGAUCUACCUACUCCGCCUUCGACAUCCCGACCAUCGCCUCCCUUGGCCUACCAAGACCACCCUUCUUCGCACAAGCUGCUGCCUUCCAUUCCCCGUAGUCACAGUCCACCUGGCCAGCCCAUGUCGGCUCACCAUCGUGGCCUGCCUCCGCCGGCGGCCAUGACGUUGCCUCCUCAGCCGUCUCACUCGAGUUCUGCUCCCCCGCCGCCGCCGCCCGCGCCCCAAUCCAUCGGCCAAGCCCCCCCGUCCACUCACAGCCAUGUCAUGGGCCAGCUGCCGGGGCCGCCGCCGCAGUGGCACGGAGCCGAGGAGUCUAUGAGGAGCUGGCUCGCAGCCAAGACCGAGGAGGAGCGCCGGAGACAGGAGGAAGAGAAGACUAGACAGGAGUCCCUGCGCCUGGAGCAACGACGGAUAGAGGCCGACAUGCUGCGGACCUCGCUAAACGGCGGUAUCCCCCCGCCCAUCGUUCCGCUCGUCUUCGCCGGAAUGGGUGGCGGUGUCCCCCCAGCAGCGUUGGAGUGGGCGCAGCAGUUUCUCGCCCAGCAGAGCCAGCAGCCACAGCACCCGCAGUUGCUCCCUUCUCAGGCUCCUCUGUCACCCGAUCACCGUCGCGAUUCCCACUCUCAGUACGCAGGCCAGUAUUCAGGCGUACCAUCGACCCCGAGUUCCGCCCCGGGCCCUCACGGCUUCUCUGGAUAUCCGGGUUCUCCCCAACGCGGGCGGGCGACAACUUUGUCCUCCACGGGCUCCGUAUCCCGUCCACUUGGGUCUAGUAAUCUACCUAGCCUCAACACGAACGUGCCGCAUUCCGGCCCGCCGGGCUCGUCGACGUUGCAGAGCCACCAGCAGCAGCACCACCACCACCACCCUGCAGCGCAAUCGGCGCAGGCCCAGCAGGAGACCCAGCCGAGCCCGUCCAUCUACUUUCAUCAUUGGCACCCGCCGACAUCCCAAGCCGGAGGUGGCUCAACCCAGCCUGCGACCCCCUCCGGUGCGUCCAGCAAGACCAAAAGAAAGCGAGAGUCGCUUUAG